AUGGACAUGAGGAACCUCGACGACGUUGGAAAGGGCAAGGAGCAAUAUCGAAAACAGGAGCAGAGGCCGAUUGAGUUGACAGGCGGUAAUGACGAUGAAGAUACCCGCAGUUGCACUGCCACCACCGCCACAGUCACCACACCGCCGUCAGCACUGUCGAGGAGUAGCAACAGACUGUCUUCAGGUGAUAGUGGAGCUGAAGUCGGUGAACAGCACUUUAACAACACUCUUGGCUUGCGCCUGAGUAAUUUCAAGACUCUCGAUGUCUAUGAAGCGCUCUUCCUCGAUUUCAUGUUCCGUAGAGAGGUUGAUCCUAUACCGACAACAUCAUGGAGCUUUGUCACCGUUACCAAGAUGGGUUCUUGUGCGUCUAGUUCUACCGGUUGGAUGUCUCGUCCCUCAUGUUUAGUGCCGAAUUUUAAGGUUCGUUGCAUUUUUGAAGGUCCACUCGAGGAUGGCAUCACAGCUCGAAUAGCGAACACGACAAGAAACUAA